AUGAUAACCCGUCUGCCCUUCAACAUUUACACCUCGCGACUACUGCAGCGCCGUUCUCAGAUUGCUCCUGUGCAGCAAGGAUGGUUCAUGAAGUUGUGGCAAGAUUCAAUUCGUGAAGGAGUGCCCCCAGAAGAGAUGAAAAAGGAAGUCGAGAAGCGAGCCAAAAAGCAAACCAAAAGGUUGUAUCGAGCUCUGGGUGUACAGCAGUGGAAAACGCUCUCAAUUCUGCUGGGCUUCCCGUUUUGGAUGAUGAGCCUCGAAGCGGUACGAAGAAUUUGUGGCUGGUCUCGAGGAUUACAGGCCAACACCAAUGUGGAUGGGAAUUCAGUGGCCAGUACACCGGCGCUGCAAGCUCCAUCAACGCCAUUAUCGGACACGGCACAAGUCGUGAGCAGCACUUCUGGGAAUGCUGCGGCCGUGUCUUCCAACGCAACGACGGUCGCCGACUUGCCGUCGACCGCUGCUCAGGUCUUGGAUCCAGCAUUGGCCAGUGAUGGAAUACUGUGGUUUACAGACUUGACAGCUGCGGAUCCUUACUUCAUACUUCCGACUUGCUACACGGUUCUGAUGGUGCUAAACGUGAUCCCGAAGGACGAAGGACAAGAAACCAUCGCAAUCGCAAGCACGUCCAUCACUCACGCUGGCCGACAAUAUCGGGGUCGAACCCGACUGGCGAGUUCGACUACUUCGAUCUAUGAUGGUGGCCUCGCCGGCUCUGUUGAUCGCCACCGCCAGCUUUCCAGCAGCAAUGCAUUUGUAUACCAUCCCUUCGCUGCUCGCUACCAUGGCAACGAGGUCAACACUUUCAAAGAUUUACCCUAUGGAACAGAGAGUCAAGUCCGCCAAGCUCAGAGAAUUCUCGGUCAUUCGGCCAGCGUUGGCAAAAUCCCAGAAUCGGUCGCCUGA